AUGGAAAUAUCAUAUCAAAGAAUAAAGAUAGUUUUGGUGUUCCUUAUACACAGUUUCCUCAUGGUGAUCUACGCGUGUUAGACAGAUUUCAGGGAGGAAUGAAAGUCUCUUACAACUUGGAACCAGAACGUCCAUCUUUUUUAAAUCGUCUGGUAGGAACAGAAGAUGAUCAGUUAUUGAGUAUCAGAAGUCCUUAUACUGCCAGAAUCUUAAAGCCAUUUAUUAGAAGAGAUUACGAAUCCCGACCUUUAAAGAUGCGUUUGUUAGAAGAAAUCAAGGCUUAUCCUCAUCGGAAUGAUCCGACGUGGAAGGCCCCACCCCCACCACCUAUAGACUAUUGUUAUGUCAGACCACAACAUAUCCCAUCAGUCAAUGUUUUAUGUCAACAGUUCUUCUGGCCUGGUAUAGAUCUAUCAGAAUGUCUUCACUACCCAGAUUUUACUUGUGUUGUUUUAUUUAGAAAAAUUGUGAUAGGUUUUGCGUUUAUGGUGCCAGACGUUAAAUAUAAUGAAGCGUAUAUAUCGUUUAUAUUUACACAUCCUGAAUGGAGGCGAGCUGGUAUCGCUAAAUUUAUGGUUUAUCAUUUAAUACAGACGUGUAUGGGUAAAGAUGUAACUCUUCAUGUAUCCGCUACCAAUCCUGGCAUGUUGCUUUAUCAGAAAUUUGGAUUUAAACCCGAAGAAUUUCUUCUGGACUUUUAUGAUAAAUAUUAUCCACUAGACUCUAAAGAAUGCAAACAUGCUUUCUUUCUCCGAUUAAGAAAAUGACAGAAUAAAAUUAGAGUGAU